UUCUGUGUGGUCAUCCAACCGAAGCAUGGGGUCCUUUGACUCGCCGUUUUUUGCUCGCUAACGUUAAAUGAUAAAAAUGCCGUAUGAAGGGUGAGAGUACGGUAGAUACUUGUGGCGUCAUUUAAUUUAAUUGAUUUUUUAAAACGGAAAUACUAUCCUGUGCGUAGAGACGAACUCUUCUCCUCCAUCUCCUCGGCCAGCGUCCUGUGAACACCGCUAGCUAUGAUGUGAUCAUGAAUAACAGCCGUCGAGGGAAGUUAUAAUUGGCAUUAUCAUAGCUGAAUGGCUACAAUAGCAGCCUGUCUGCCUUCAUUUGACGCCUGCAUGCUGUUAUUUCGAUAGCCAUUUGAGCCCUGCGUCGGGAGGAACCGUGUUCUUGGCGGAAAUAACCGAAAUAAGAGACCGCAUCUACAGCGCUGUAGUUCACGUCCCUAAAAGAUGUCUUUCUUCAAUUUUCGGAAGAUAUUCAAGUUGGGGCCUGAUAAGAAGAAGAAGCAGUAUGAGCAUGUACACAGAGAUGUUAAUCCAGAAGAAAUAUGGGACAUCAUUGGGGAGCUGGGAGAUGGAGCGUUUGGGAAAGUGUACAAGGCUCAGAACAAGCAGAAUGGGACCCUUGCUGCUGCCAAGGUUAUCGACACAAAGACGGAGGAUGAACUGGAGGAUUACAUGGUAGAGAUUGACAUCCUGGCCUCCUGUAACCACCAUCACAUCGUCAAACUGCUGGAUGCUUUUUAUUUUGAAGGCAAACUUUGGAUUCUGAUUGAGUUCUGUGCGGGUGGUGCGGUGGAUGCCAUCAUGCUGGAACUGGAGAGGCCCCUGACAGAGCCCCAGAUCCGUGUGGUGUGUAGGCAGACUUUGGAGGCCUUGUCGUACCUCCAUGAGAGCAAAAUCAUCCACAGAGACUUGAAAGCUGGGAACAUACUCCUCUCCUUGGAUGGAGAAGUGAAACUGGCUGACUUUGGGGUGUCUGCUAAAAAUACCAAGACGCUACAGAGAAGAGAUUCUUUCAUCGGCACUCCGUAUUGGAUGGCCCCAGAGGUGGUAAUGUGUGAAACUUCCAAGGACCGUCCGUACGACUACAAGGCCGACAUCUGGUCUCUGGGGGUUACGCUGAUAGAGCUGGCGCAGGUUGAGCCACCCAACCACGAGAUGAAUCCCAUGAGAGUGCUGCUGAAAAUAGCCAAGUCCGAGCCGCCCACACUCAUGCAUCCCUCUCGCUGGUCACCAGAAUUCAAUGACUUUCUGCGGAAAGCACUCGAUAAGAAUGUGGACAAUAGGUGGGGCACACUACAGCUUCUACAGCAUCCUUUUGUCACCAGUGUAACUGAUAGCAAACCUCUCAGAGAGCUCAUAGCUGAGGCCAAAGCUGAAGUCACAGAGGAGAUCGAGGACAGCAAGGAGGAGGAGGAGGAGGAAGAGCCUGAUACACCUCUGGCUGCUCCUGGGCACAAGAGAGCGCCAUCAGAUGUCAGUGUUGCCAGCUCAGAGGACGACAAAGUCCCACCAACUCCCUCCACGCUGGAAUCUGUUACAGAAAAGACGGAGGCCGAGCCUGCUGAGGACCGCACCAGUGACAAGCUCUCUGAUGAAGGACUUGGAACCAGUGAGGUGGACAAGACUGAGGAGGAGAAACUCAACGAGGUGUCUGAUGCCAGUAACGAAGACCUGGCCUCUGGGCUAAUAGAGCCCGCCAAGGACUCUGUAUCACAGGAUCCUACAGAGCUUACUAAACAAGAAGAUGGUCAAGCUGAAGAGAUUCCUGCUGAGCCUGUGGUGUCACAGCCAGAAGAGCCCGUAGAUACAGUGGAUGCACAAGAACCUGAAACAGAUGGUCAAGAAACAGAGGAGGAACAGAAGGAGACACAAGAAGAGAAAACAGAGGAUGAACCUACCCAAGUAAUAGAAGAAGUAAAAGAGCCCGAGGAGGUGAGAGAUGAGGAGGAAAAAGACACUGGUACAGAAGAAUCCAGAGAGUCACAAGAGAAACCUGAAGACACAUUAGAAGAACGAGAAUCCAUAUCAGGAGAAAUGGCACAGGCAGAAGAAGAAAAGAAAGAGACAGAUGAAGAGACGCCUCAACAUAAAGCGACAGAGGACAUAAUAGAGAACUCAGCUAAUGACACAAAUGUUAACAUAAACACAGAAAUUAUAGAAUCAAAUGUAGACACAAACAGACAAAUAGACACAAAAUCAAAUGUGGAUGAGUCCACUGAGGUUGAGAAGGAGGUGAUAGCGAGUCAGCCAGAGGAGAAGCCUGAAGAUGAGGCACCUGAGGAGGCAGAACAGCCAGAAGAGGAGCAUGAGACCAGAGAGGAGGCUGAUGUGGAGGAACAAGCCCCAGCUGAAUCCACAAAUGGAGUUAUUGAUGAAGCCAAAGACCUUUCUGAUGAUUCAGACCAAGUGGUCCCAUCUACUGAUGUUCCUGUGAAGGAGGAUGAGGAGAAAGUGGCUCGUGCAGAUGAGAGCACCUCCCAAGAUGCCGUGUCUGUCCCGGAGAGUGAAACAGAUUCAGAAAGCAAGAUCGAGCAUGGAAGCCCAGCUGUGAUGAAGCCAGACUUGGAGAAGGACUCUGACUCUGGAAGCAGCUCGGCCGCUGAUAGCAACAGCCUUGACCUCAAUUUGUCCAUCUCCAGCUUCCUGUCCAAGAGUAAAGAAGGGGGCUCCGUGUCUAUGCAGGAGUCAAGACGCCAGAAGAAGACACUGAAGAAGACACGCAAGUUCAUGGUGGAUGGUGUAGAGGUCAGCGUGACAACAUCAAAGAUAGUGACAGAUAACGACACCAAGAGCGAAGAGAUGAGGUUCCUCAGGCGGCAGGAGCUGCGAGAGCUGCGCCUCCUGCAGAAAGAGGAGCAGAGAGCCCAGCAGCAGCUGAGCAACAAGCUGCAGCAGCAGAGAGAGCAGAUCUACCGGCGCUUUGAACAGGAAACUGCUGCUAAGAAACGUCAAUAUGAUCAAGAAGUGGAGAACCUCGAGAAGAAGCAGAAGCAGACCAUUGAGCGACUGGAGCAGGAUCACACCAGCCGGCUCCGAGACGAAGCCAAGCGCAUCAAAGCGGAUCAAGACAAGGAGCUCUCAAAGUUCCAAAACAUGCUGAAGAACCGGAAGAAAGAGGCCAAACAGGAAGUUGGACAGUCACCCAAACAUAUGAGAAAAGAGCUCAUGAAACGCAUAAAGGAGGACCUAUCGCUCCUUAAGACCGCAGAGGAGCAGGAGUUCCUACAGAAGCAGCAGCAGGAGCUGGACGGGGCUCUGAAGAAAAUCAUCCAGCAGCAUAAAGUGGAGAUCGCCACUAUUGAGAGAGACUGCCUGAACCACAAGCAGCAGCUGAUGAGAGCUCGAGAGGCAGCCAUGUGGGAGUUGGAGGAGCGCCACCUGCAGGAGAAGCACCAGCAGCUGAAGCAGCAGCUGAAAGACCAGUACUUUCUGCAGAGACACCAGUUGCUGAAGAGACACGAGAAGGAGAUGGAGCAGAUGCAGCGCUACAACCAGCGGCUGAUAGAGGAGAUGAAGAACAAACAGACUCAAGAGAGGGUUCGUCUGCCCAAGAUUCAGCGCAGUGAGGCCAAAACACGCAUGGCCAUGUUCAAGAAGAGCCUCCGCAUCACCGCCACCGCAGCCAUCACACCCGAGCAGGAGAGAGAGCGGAUAAAACAGUUCGCUUCUCAGGAAGACAAGAGGCAGAAGAACGAGAGGCUCCAUCAACACCAGAAACACGAGAACCAGAUGAGAGAUCUGCAGCUGCAGUGUGACUCAAACAUCAGGGAGCUGCAGCAGCUACAGAAUGAGAAGUGCCACCUCCUAAUUGAACAUGAGACCCAGAAGCUGAAGGAGCUGGAUGAGGAGCACAGCCAGGAGAUAAAGGAGUGGAGAGAGAAGCUGAGACCCAGGAAGAAGGCGUUGGAGGAGGAGUUCACCAGGAAGCUGCAGGAGCAGGAGGUCUUCUUCAAGAUGAGCGGUGAAUCAGAAUGCCUUAACCCAACCACCCAGAGUCGAGUAUCCAAAUUUUACCCCAUCCCAAACCUGCACAACUCCGGUUUAUAGCCUCGCGUCUGUCCGUGCUACAAAACAGACUUGGCUGCGCUCACAGACUCUUCCUGGUGGAGCGACAUCAUUUCCGUGAUAAAAAAUGUCUUCACCGCUUUGAUUCCACCGUUAGUGAGCAUGACGUGCCUACACACCGUUCCCUCACUGAUCAAAUUUUUCUCAGCUUGUUGGGAAAUGCCCAACGAUAAUAAAUAUGCACUUUUUUGAGCAUGUUCAAAAUUUUAAAAGCCUGCAGUCGGUAGCGAGGGCCAAUCAUGCUUAUCAGAUUAUUGUGAGCACAGCCUGCUACAGUGUGAAUGAUCUCCAGUGCCUCAUUUUCUUUACUGCAUUUAGGCUUCUUCUCUGUGUUUUUCAGUGAAUACAGAGAAUGUGUUGCACUUAGAUAUCUGGUCAUCAUUUUCAUCCAUAAUCCCAAGAUGUCAGGAGAUUAUUUUAAUCAUCUCACGUCAAAGGGAUAGUUCAGAUUAUUUGAUGUGGGGUUGCAUGAGUUUCUUAUGAAUAUUCAGUGUAUUAUUGACAGUAGAUGUCUGUCAGCACGUCCCAGUUUAGACAGUUAAGAGAAGAGCCAGGAAUACCAAAACGGAAGAAAAGCAAGGCACUGCUGUGGAUGGGGGGUUAGCAGCAAAGUUUAUUUUAGGCAUCUAAAAAAGUCCUAUCUAAAAAAUAUCUGUCAUAGUUUAAGUUUAUGCUAUAAUUAGAGUAUUUCACAACUUCAACUUUCCAUCAGAGCUGUUAAAAGCUUCAGUUCCACAUGUAUGAUCUUUUAAAAGACACCAGACUCCAUUUAGAAAAACAGUUAUUUAACAUCGCUGAACACAGGAGUUGCUGGUCGACCACUGCCUCAGUCAGUUAGUUUGUGUUGUUGUGUGUUCCUGUGUAACCCUUUCAAACGCCAAAGUCACACAAUAACUCAAACAAACUAAGUAUUUGAAGAAGAGGUAGAUCAGUGGCUCCUGCGUUCAGCAAUGUUAAAUCACGUUAAAUGUGUUAAAUGUUAAAUGUUUUUUCUCAGUGGAGUCUGGAUUUGAAAAGAGGGAUAUGACGGCCUCAUUUUCCAUCAGAAAUUAAUGUCUGACAUUAAGGUAAAGCAGUGAAAAUACUCUCAAUGUAGCCUACACUUAAAAUCACACAGAUUUGUAGAUGGCUAAAAGACCUUUAAUUGCGGACCACAUUGACAGCAGUACAUUGACUAGCUUCCAAUUUGGCACUCCUGCCUCUUCUACAAACAGGGCAUACUCACGGACAUCUACUGUAGGUAAUGCGUGGACUAUGGAUGAGUUCCUUAUUCCAUUCCACCUUGAAAAAUGUGAACUAUCCCUUUAACUAGCGACUUGGACAACUCUGAGAUCUUGUGCUGCUGCAUGGACGGUUGAGCUGGUUCAGGGGUGAUGUACUAAGUUAGUUGUCAGACUUUGUUACGGCGUGUGGUCUAAUGUCAGAGUCUACACACAGCGCUGUGUUGGGAUCAUAAAAUUUAAAGGAAUGUACUGUGUUGUAAAUGAUGCGCUGAGUGAAAUGUUACAUGUGUACCUACAUAUGAAGUUUAAUCUGUGCUUGCCAUGAGGAUUUUAAAAUCUUGGGAACAAGAAUAUAUCUUAACGUUUAGCACAUAAUUUCAUUUCAGUGCCGUACUCCCACUUAGUUUAACACAGAGGUGACAGGCUGUUACAUGCUGGAGAAUGGUUAAAUAUGUUUUUAUAUAUAUAGACAUAUAUAGAGAAAAUAAAAUCACCUUGAAUUGAAAACUUAAGGAAUGUAAAGCUGUUGAUUUGCACUGUUUUGCCACAUGAGCUAAAGAAAAAAAAAUAUGCAGUAGUAAAACUGUCUGUUUUGACAGCGAGUCACCUUUGUCUCACCCGCGCCUGACUGAUUUUUUAAAAAAUUGUUUUUUUGACUUAUAAUUUUACUCUUUUUUUCCCAAAUAUGCCCUUUAGUAUUUUAAGACCACAUCUAGUUUUCUAAACAUGUAUAUUGAUGCUGUACUCGAUCUUUUCUGUGGGCUCUUGUUGAAACCAGUGUUGUGUGAAAGGUGAAAUUAUCUGUAUGAGACGUCCUUGGCUGUAUUUUAGGAACAAAAGUGUUGACAGUUCACAAAAAGAGAUUUCAAGAUACCUGAUGAGUUUAUUUUGCAUAUCAUCAGUGCAUGUUUUCAUUUCUGUAUGCUGACAUUAACUCGUGUUUUGUCAUGAAUGCUGGGUUUUUUUCGGGGUUGUCAGAGGCUGUCUUGUGAGUUACUCCAUAUGCUCCAUAGAUUUCAAAUAUUUUUUAUUUUGUUCAGUUGCAGCAUUUCGAUAACCACAAUGAAUAUUAUUUUAAUGUCAAAUCAAGCAUAUUUAAAGUGUCUUUAUAAAUUUUUGUUGUUGUAAAUAAAAUAUUCACUGUUUAUUUGACAUUUUAAGUGUCUGGGAAAAAGAAACCUUAAGGUUUUAAUUCAGUCAUACAAAUAUCAAGACUCCCAAGUCCAAAAAUAGAUUUAUUUGUGUGUCUUUCAAAUAUAUUGAUCAAAUGUCAAUCAUGUUGACAAGUUCAAUCAUGUAAAACAUAAUCCGGGAACAUCUGAUAUAAUUUAAUCUUU